UGUCAGUGCAAAAAAUAAGUUCGUUUUGUUUGGAUAAAUUUCUGCCGCAUAUUUUCACUCAACUUUUUCCACGACAAAUCGGCAUGCAAUCAUAACACAACUCCUAAAACAUGAAAUUUGAGUGAUAUUUGGCAGUGUGAAAGUGUAAACAUUAAUUCCUAUUCAUCAUUUAUCUAGUUCGUUGUAAAGGUGUUUGGUGUAAUUGUUGUGCCAUCAUUGUUUUUUUCCAUCUCCGGUUUAGUGAAAAAUCCGCAUUUCGUUUGACCACAAAUCGCGCGAUUCACUCUCUUGAAAGGUUCGCGUCAUCGCUUGCCGGCUUUGCUGUUAGCAGCGCGUGCCGUCGCCCGACCGUUUGUUGUUCCGGCUUAUUACCAAUCCGGCUCGCGAAUGUUGUUACUGUGCGCGUCUUGGGUCGGGCGGUGGUAGAGCGGUGUAAAGUAUGCUGCUGGCGCGAGCAAACUUUCAGUCAUUCGUUCACGUCCGAGCGACACGCGCGGUGCUGUGGUUACGCGUUGCUUAAGGCGCUCUUUCCGCGCCGAUGGUAUAACUUGGAGUAGGGAAAAGCAUCCAUCCCUUUGCGUCUACACACGAGAGGAAGGGUGAAACUAAUGUUGCAGAGAUUUUGAGUUUGGAGUUCGCACAAAUCGUUGUACAAUGAAAAUAACACAAAGCUAUUCGCCAGAGGACCGUUGGGUGGAUGGCAGCACCUGCCUAGAGACGGAGCUAUGCCUACCGGACAAUAUGAUACGCACCGGCACCGAACUGGAAUCGCUGCAAACCGGUCCCGUGCUGAUCGUUCCGUCCCCGAAGGCGACGCAAGAAACGGUGGAUGAAAAGGAAGCGCUAAAGUACGUCGAGCACAAGCGACAGCUCAGCGAACCCUGCUACUACCCCGAAGCAGGGAGCCAGAAGCAGCAGAAGCAAACGGCGUUGGCGGAGGUUGUAUCCGUGUCCACGACGAAAGGCGUAUUUCAUCAGUUACUUCUGACCUCGGCCGUGCUGCUGCUAGCUGCUGGCUGUGGCAUGCCAAUCGGGUACUCGGCCGUGCUACUGCCCCAGCUGUACGAUUCCAACGAAACGCUUGCGAUCGACAUCGAGAUGGGCUCGUGGAUCGCAAGUGUCCAUAGUCUGGCCACUCCGAUCGGUUCGUUCGCCUCCGGCCCGAUCAUGGACCGCUGGGGUCGUCGGCCAGCUAUUCUAUUAGCGAUUGUACCGCUAUUUGGUGGUUGGGUACUGCUUGCCACAGCUUCCUCCCACUUUCUGCUGCUGCUCGGGCGCGUUGUUGCAGGAAUUUCCGUAGGAUUGACAGCCGCGCCGGCACAGGUAAGAAAAGCAUCUCCCAUUGGUCUUUUUCCAAAAAAAACUUAUCGUUUCUCUCCUCCAAAACAGAUUCUGCUGGCAGAAAUAGCCGAACCGCGGUUGCGAGGCCUCCUCAUCGGUGCUCCGUUUGUGUCGUACUCGCUCGGCAUCCUGCUCGUGUACGCGCUCGGCAGCCAGUUUCACUGGCGGGAGGUUGCCUGGGGUGGCACCGUCCUGCCGCUGCUCUCCUUCGUUGCCCUGUUCUUCGCGCCCGAGUCACCGGUGUGGCUGGCGCGCAACAAUCAACCGGACCGGGCCGCGAAAGCACUGACCUGGCUGCGCGGCUGCCCCGUCCAGGCGAAGCAGGAACUCCACAAGCUGACCGAGCGGUUCGAGCAGGAGCAGCAGCAGCACAACCGACGUCCGCAAAACUUUUGGCGCUCGCUCGGCGAGCUGGCCAUCGUUAAGCCGCUCAUCAUCAUCAACGCGUUCCACGUGCUGCAGAUCCUUUCCGGCACCUAUCUCGUGGUGUUCUACGCCGUCGACAUCAUCUCGGAUAUGGGCGGCAGUGACAUCAACUCCAUCCAGGCGGCCGUGCUGACGGCGAUCGUGCGCCUUGCCUUCACCUUCCUGUACUGCUUCCUGCUGCUGAUGAUGCCACGCCGCCUGAUGGUGACGCUGAGCGGUCUCGGAUCGGGGCUGAGCUGUGUCGCUAUCGCUGCGUUCAUGUACAUUCGUGCCGGCGAACCGAAGACCCCGCUCGACACUUACGUCGCGGCAACGCUGAUACUGAUCUACAUUGGGGCGAAUACCGGCUUCAUGACCAUGCCCGGCAUAAUGAUCGGCGAGCUGCUGCCGGCCAAAAUCCGCGGCCAGAUAGCGGGCUAUCUCUUCACCAUCUUCAACCUGCUGCUGUUUGGCGUGGCGAAAGGGUUCCCGUACGCGAAGGCGGCCCUCAAAACGCAAGGCCUGUUCCUGAUGUUCGGCAUCGCAUCGUUCGCUGCCUCGCUGCUGCUGUUCCUUCUGCUGCCGGAAACGAAGGGCCGCUCGCUGCACGACAUCGAAGACUACUUCCGGCAGCGCAACUGGCUCUGGAUGAAUCGGAAGCGGGCACCGGAAGAGGAGCAGCAAUCUGGCGUCCACCACGGUGGAGAAGAAGGCAAACCGCUGUCGAACGAGUGA